CGUAUCGACGAGUCGCAGCAGACGCGUGGAUGCGGCUUUCCAACAGUAGAACUCAGGCUGUGAUGCAAUUCAUUAACAAAUGUUGGAAGUUCAGAUGCGCCGGCGAUGUGAAUUUGUCAUUUUCUAAUUUUGGAUAUGUUAAAUUAAUUUAUUUCAGGGAUCACUAGGUUAUGCCUGCCCGGCAGGGCUUGUGCUGGUGUCUCGGGGGUAGCCCCCGGCCCCCAGAAAUAAAGCAUGGGCUGGACAUCGCCGCCCCGCUGCAGCCAGUGCUGCUGGACAUACCGAUGCCGACGGACGAAGCCGAGCUGAACACACGAUUUGAGGAGCUAGUGGCUGAGCUUGGACUUGACAAGACACACAGGGAUGCGCUGUACGGUCUACCCGCGGAGAAGAAAUGGCAGAUUUACUGCAGCAAGAAGAUGGAUGUUGGCACAAGUAAACAGAAUACUGCAGACUAUUACAUCGAGAGAAUGUGUAACAUCAACUCACAAAACUGGUCUGGCCUUAGUGAAGACGAUAUCAAUUCCCAUGUUAAUCUUGUGGAAAACUUGAAAACAGCUCUGAGAACCCAGACAUUAAGUUUUGUUGUGUCAUUUAUUGAAAAGUCUGGUCUUCAGUGCCUUCUGGACUUCUUAUCUAAAAUGGAGUACGAAACUUCAGAAGGACCUUUACACACAGCCAUAAUUGGUUGUAUUAAAGCCCUGAUGAAUAAUUCGCAAGGUAGAGCCCAUGUGUUAGCCCAUCCAGAUUGCAUCAACAUAAUAGCUCAAAGCUUGGCAGUGGAGAACAUAAAAACAAAGAUAGCAGUAUUAGAAAUUCUGGGUGCCAUUUGUCUUGUGCCAGGGGGUCACAAAAAGGUUCUGAAUGCCAUGUUACAUUUCCAGAAGUAUGCUGGAGAAAGGACUCGCUUUCAGUUAUUGAUGUAUGAUUUAGACAGAAGUACUGGGAAAUAUAAAGAAGAGGUGGCCUUAAAAACUGCAGUCAUGUCUUUUAUCAAUGCGGCACUCAAAUAUGGAGCUGGUCAGGAUCAUCUUGAGUUUCGCUUACAUCUUCGCUAUGAGUUUCUCAUGCUGGGUAUAGUUCCUAUCAUGACUAAAAUGAGAGCUCAUGGAAACACAACAUUAGACAGGCAUUUAGAUUUUUUCGAAAUGGUUCGCAAUGAAGAUGAAAAAGAGUUUGCCAAGAGAUUCGAUGGUGUUCAUAUAGACUCAAAAAGUGCCACUGCAAUGUUUGAUGUUAUUAGAAAAAAGCUGCACUUGUCCACAGCCUACCCCAACCUCUUGUCUAUCUUGCAUCACAUGCUCUUGAUUCCGUAUGGUAAGAAUGAUGUGUUACAAGUCUGGCCUCUGGUAGAUAAAAUAAUUCAACAGAUCGUAUUACAGCUCAAGAAAGGAGAAGAUCCUGAUGGUGCUCCACUAGAAGAGAUAAAUGUCAAACAGUUAAUUAGACAGCUAGCCAAUGAUACAGAUGUCAAAAGUUUUCAAACCAAACUGAGAGAAGCGGAAAAGUCAGCAGAUGAACUUCAAGCCAAACUGGCAAAGAAAGAAAGAGAGUGUGAAGUCAGGGUAGAAGAAAAGGAAGAGCUGAUGGCAACUAUGAACUUGAUGAAAUCAAAACUAGAGAAAGAAGUGGCAGCACAUGCAGAGACCAGAAGUCAGUUGCAAGAUCUUUUAUCUCGAGUAGAGGAAAUCAGAUCCCAAUUGGACACAGAGAGAGGAGAGAAACAAAAAUUACAACAUUUGGUACAGAGCGGAAGUUUGCCAGAUGAUGCCAAGAUGGGACUCACUAAUGCAGCUUCUGCCAUCAUUUCCAGCAUUGAGUCUAAAAACAAAGAUCUGCAUUCCUUUAUGCCACCUCCCCCUCCCCCGCCACCUGGCAUGCCUGCUCCACCCCCACCCCCAGCUCCUGGAGCACCAACAGGCCUGCACUAUGGCAUGAAUGGCAGUGUAAAUUCCAGCUAUUCUGCCAAAUUCAAAGGCAACCCAAAGCCCAAUGCACCAAUGAAAUCUUUCAACUGGACCAAAAUCUCAGAAAAUCAAAUCUCAGGCAGUAUAUGGAAUGAUCUGAACCAUGCAAAGAUGUAUGCUAGUUUAGAUCUUGAAGAGUUCCAGAGAACUUUCUCAGCCUAUCAGAAACCUGUUACAGAGGAAGGGGAAGAAGACUCAAAGAGCACCAAGUCCAAGACUCAGGUUUUAACUGUCAUUGAUGGAAGAAGAAGUCAGAACUGUACAAUCUUGUUGUCCAAACUGAAGCUGACCAAUGAGGAACUGGCCCGUGCCAUCAUGAAUGUGGAUGAAGGAGAGGACCUUCCUAAAGAUAUGGUGGAGCAGCUUUUGAAGUUUGUACCAACUGCUGAAGAAGUUCAGUUGCUGUCUGAGUAUGCUCAUGAAAUAGAAAAUAUGGCCAGAGCAGACAGGUUUCUCUUUGAGAUGAGCAAAAUAAUUCACUAUGAAGAGAGAUUAAAAGCACUGUACUUUAAGAAAAAGUUUCAAGAAAGAAAAGUGGACUGCAAACAGAGAAUUGAUGCUGUUUUUGAGGCCAGUAAGGAAGUAUUUAGAAGUAGAAGAUUCAAGAAACUUCUGGAACUAGUUCUUGCAUUGGGGAACUUUAUGAACAAAGGACAGAGGGGUAAUGCUUUAGGAUUCAAGAUCUCUAGUCUGGGUAAAAUGAUGGACACCAAAGCAAGCACCAACAAAAACAUGACACUCUUGCAUUACAUUGUGGAGCUGAUUGAGAAAAAGUUUCCAGAUCUGAUUAAACUAGAAGAAGAUAUACCUCACAUCCAUGACGCAGCUAAAGUUAAUUUUACAGAUCUGGAUAAGGAAAUCACAAACUUAAGGAAAGGAUUACAAAAUAUUGAAAAAGAAGUUGAGUUUUUUGAGAAGAAGUUUAGCAUCAGUAGUCAAGACAAGUUUGUGACUGUGAUGAAAGAUUUCUGUACAGUAGCGGCCUAUAACUUUACUUCAGUGGAAGAUUCCUGUAAUGAGAUGAGACUCAAGUUUGAGACUAUUGUGAAAACAUUUUGUGAAGACCCGAAACAAGCUCAGCCUGAAGAAUUUUUUGGUUCUAUUGAUACUUUUAUCAUUGGGAUGAAUGAUGCCAGACACGAGAAUGAAAAGUUCAAGAAACAGAAAGAGGAAGAAGAGAAAAGAAAACUCUUGGAAGAACAGUUGAAAAAAGAAAGAGAAAAACGUAUCAUGUUGAGGAGAGGCAGCAAUCUGACAGACAAGAAGAUUGGAGGUGUCGCAGUGGAAAAUGGAGAUAAAGGUGAAUUUGAUGAUCUGAUCUCAGCCUUGAGAACUGGAGAUGUGUUUGGAGAAGAUAUGGCCAAACUGGCAAAGAGGAACAGAAAGAGAGUCAACAAUGCUGUGGAUUUUGCCAGGGAAAGACAAGGGAGUGUGACUACAUCAUAAAUAUAUUACAUAUAUACAUUAUGUUACAUAAAUGAAACUACAGUCCAAGAAAUAACUUUCCAAGUUACUUUUUUAAAAAGUAAAGUAUGAUGAAUUCCAGAUCUUCAUAAUAUCAUGAAUGAAUGUGUUUGUUUUAAAACUGCAGUUUGUAACUGUUCAUAGUAAACUGCACCAAUGACAUUUGGAAUCUCUCACAACUAAGUGUUGACAUUCAUACAAAUUUGUUGCUCUUUGUUAUCAAUGACUUCAUUUUAAAAUUAUUUUCAACACAUUUUAUGUAAUCAUUAUUAUGGUAUUUUGUAUUUUUAUAAGCUAGAGAUCAACUGAAGUUUUUUUUUUUGCUUAAGGAAUAGUCUGAUUAACAUACUUCUGAAUAUUUCUAUAUUUAGAAAUUUAAAAAACUUCAUUCUGAAACUAGUUUUUAGAGAUAUAAUUAUAUUAAACACUUCAUUUCUUUACAUAAUGUGUUCAAUUUUAAGUUGUAUUUCCAUCAUGAAAGAACCCAAACAUAGCGUUGUGUCCAUGCUUAUAGUUGACAGCUUAUCACCUCACAUCUUUGUGCAAUAUACUUUGUUCUUGUAUUUUGUAUUACUGUAUAGGAAUUCUGAUUCCAGUGUACCAGUAUGUAUAAAAUAUUUGAUUUCUUGAAACAUACAUCUGUAAAUAAAUAUUUGGAUUGUGCCACAGUGAAUGUAAAUGUGAGUGUAAAUGUGUAAACCACAACUUUAUGACAUUUUGUAAACUUGGCCCCACAGAAUUCUUAUCAAUGUCUGUUACUCACUCUUAGAAGGAAAUGUAAAGUGUUUCGCUUUUGUACUGAUGGAUAGGAAUUUGAACUAAGGGAGUUUUAGGAUGCUCUUAGAGUCCAUACAACUCUAAUGGAUACCUGCUGGAGCUGUUAAGGCAUGUGGUUGUUGUUCAACAACCUUUGAGGUUAGAAAUAGAUGAGCUUUACAUCAUCUGCCCCCUUAGAUCUCAAGGUCUAAUAGCGGUACCUUUUACCUAACCUGCCUCUCCAGGAUCUCAACCUGGCCAACUGAGAGGUACCUAAUUUAACAUACAUUUCUAGAUUAAUACAUGCAUAUUGCGUAGGACGUACUUAUUUUCUCUUUUAUAAGAGAACUGUCGUCCUGAUGGUUCAUACUCCUCUCACAGUCAUUUCCGGCUGAUUUCUUUAGAAGCCAGGAGAGGAGGUAGCAAUCAAUAGAUUUGAAGUAAGUUGUGAGGCUUCCAGAACAACAUAUAUAUCUGUUCAUUGAAUUAUCAUUACUUUGUUCUGCCAUUAUGAUGUUUGCUGUGGGUGAAUUCAUGUAAAUAAUGACCUCAUCUUAAGGAAUGAUACUACUUUGUCAUUGUUUGAUGCUUAAUGUUUGCUUUAUUACCUUGACAAUCAUUCAAAUCUCAUUUUUUCACAAGCGUUCAUGUACAAGAGAUUAUGGAAGAUAAGACUUAUUUCCUUGUCUUGUAUUGUGUAAUAUAACUUUAUUUGUCACAUAUACAUGUUCAUUCUAAUCAUUCUGUUAUAAUACAUAACAUACUUGAUAAUUGAAUUGUCAUAUUUAAUCAUUUUAUAAAAUGUAUAAAAAAAUUUAAUGUUGAAGCUGAUAAGAACCAAAUACAUCAGAAAAAAACUUAUUAGAUUUUUUUUUUACUAAUUACUUUUUAUAGCCUACUACAGUUGGUUAUUAACCUACUCCAAUUCAAAGUCUUUAAAAAAUAAAAUUUAAUAAAGAACUAUUCAUAUCUAGAUAUCAUUUCACUAAAAUACUGUGUACAUCUGAAUAUGAAAAGUGUGUUAACUUUUUUUCAGUUAGUCUUAUUUCCCAGAACAAAAAUCUGGCCUCCUUGACUGUGUUUUUUAUGAGCUUCAACAUUAAAGACAAAGGUUGUGAAAACCACUGGCUCAUGUAACCAGGCUGUGAACAUGUACAGUACUUUCUGUGGACUUCUUCCUAUUGCUAUUGUGUCACAAGAUAGCUUCUUUCUCUUUGCAUUGUCAUCAACAUUGAAUUUUUUUUUCAUUUUUACCAACCCAUUCAAAAAUGGCUUUUCUUUUCUAAUUUCAUGAUACAUUUUAACUCAAUUUUUUUUAUUAAUUUCUAAUGAGAUCUUGGUGAAGCUUUUUUGUUUUGUUUUGUUUUCCAGACUUACCAAUGUUUCUAUAUGAAGUAGUCCAACAACAAACUUUCACUUCAGAGUUUAUUUCAAUUAAAUUUCUAUUCAUUUUUCUCAGACCUUUUUUAAUGCUUUAAUGUUUUACUUCAUUUACACAAUUUAAAUUCAAAGCAGUUGUAGUUACUAAUCAAUAUAAUUUUUUUUUAAUGGUAGUAGAGAUGUAAAUUUCUUUUUGUUUGCUAUGCACUAUGCAAAGAGCUUGCCUUGUUCAGACAUUUUUGUUUUUCUUAUACUUCAAAACACGUUUUUAAAGAGCACAGUGCAUGCAGAACCCUUCAGCUUAAAUAUACUCACAUAUACAGUCACACAUUGGACUUUAUAUAUAUAUAUAUUUAUAUGACAUUGCUCUUUGUGUAAAUGUGUGUAGUUUCAAUGUCGAUGUCCUGUAGAUUUAAUGUCAGUGGUCCUCAAAAUCAAGGCAUACAUAGAUUUAAAGUUGGCUACUACUAACUGUGUUGUAUCAAUAAUGGGUGGUGAUUAGAUGAUGAAAAGUAUUCUUCUGAAAGUAUUGCUUCCGUUGAACCCUUCAAAAAGAACAAAAAAAAAUUUCUUGCUGUUUUGAAAUUAUGAUUAAGUCCUACGUGUGUUCUUAGGUCAAUCUAGUCAUGCCCUUUAAUUGCUGCACAGCUUUGUUGAGAUCAAAUCCUUCCCUUUGGUUGAGGUCAUAGCACAGUGCAAGCUCACCUCUUAUGGACACUCUACAAAGGUCAGAUGAAUAGGUCACUGUUUGUUCUCCCUUGCAACAUAAAAGCUACUAGCUCCUCUAAUCUUGGGACUCCAUUCUAGUUCAUGGACAUCACCAUCUGUUUUACCUUUCUUUGAAGAUCACUGCCUUGCAAUUUGUUUGAAUUUCCUUAGAUACUGGGGAAAACAUAGGUGUCAUUUCCUUACUGGUAACAGAAUAUUCUAGGUCAAAAAUUGGCAUUCCAUCAACUAAACUAUUUGCCAUGAUGAUAACAAGAAAAGAUUUUUAGAGCAUAGCUUGAACUUGGCUUAAGGCAUAGAAAAUGCGCCAUUAGUGAAAGGUAAAAAAAUGUGUUAAACAUUUUUGGGUUUAUUGCUACUUGUUGUAUUGAUACCAAUCUUGUUUCUUGGUACACUUUCGCGUGUUCGAACACAUCAAACUUUUCAGUUCUUUUGUACAAGUGAUCAUCCACUCUUUCCUCCUGAAGUUUAAUUACUUUCACAUCCCACUGAGCACUAGAUCUACAACUUCUCUGUGUGGAAACAUUGUGUAAUCACAAUGGCUUGUAGGAUGGGUUACUCUCAAAUUCAACAUUUGUGUGCCAGAGUAAAUACAAACAUCUUUCGUUUUCUAAGUAAAAGUACCAAGACAUGCAUUGGUCAAUUUGUAUUGCAGGAUGUGAAUUGCCUCAGUCUGUUACAGAAGGAAAGAAUCAUUCAAAUUCUCUUCACCUAGUUAGAAUUCCCUUAAAAUGACAAGAUUAGAUAACUUCCUAUGUGCAAGUAGUUUGACGACUGAAGUGAUCCCCCUUUGUGGUGUAAAGUGUAAAUAGAUUAAUUUAUUCUGUGUGCUGCUUUGAUGUGCUUUGAUAUUUGACAUAAUGUUGAGAUUUUAUGAACCAUUCUGACUUUUUGUUUUCUUCUAUGUAUCAAGAUGAUACAAAUAUUUCAUUGAUGGUAUAAUAACUGGAAACUAUUUAUCAGAUAACAUCUAAUGACUUCACUGGAUCUAAUCUUAUCAACUAACUGGUCAGCCGCUAUUCACUAAAUUGACAACCAAUUUUUUUAUUUACUGGCUACAAUCUGAUGAUCUAAACCAGUCAUUUUUCCAUCACUGACCAGCAAAUAUUUUCAGUUUGUCAAUUUUGGAAAGAGUAGAAAUAAGUGAUGUGACCUUUGUUUUUUCCUAAUUACAGAAUCUAAUCAGCAUUAUGUUUUAAGACUGACCAGCACAAUUUGUUUAGUUCAGUGCUUUUAGGACAUUUGGUUUCUUUCCACCAGUUUGAUUAUGUGAUCCACUCAGAUAUUUAUGAUCAUUUCUUUGUCUAUUUAUAUUUUAUGUACAAAAAAAAAAAUAAACAAAUAUCAUUUUGUG